UUAGGAAAAAUAACCUUCAGAACCGGCCAAAAUAAUUUCACACCGCAUCGAUCAUUUCACCUGGUAUUUGAGGAGGCACACCCGGAUUGUUAUUACGGGCUUGAUAUUGACUCCGAGGACAAUUUAUCAGUGAAGGUGAGACGCAAUUCGUUUUAAAAGAAUUCUUCGAAAGCACACCUACUCUUUUAAAAUUAAAAAAAUAUAGUACACUAACUGUUAAGUAAUAAGAGUUACUGUCCUUCAGCACAGGCUAGGUGACAUGUUCUAAUAAGAUGUUUUAAAAGAGACUAUACCAGCACACUCAACGACGAAUUUUCACCUGCCUCUAAAAAGCUGUCUCUAAUCAACUUAAUAAGUAGGAAUUCAACUUCAGGUAAAUUCAUUUACAUAAAUUAAACAAGUUGGAAUAAUCGUCACAAUCGCAAUAAUAGAAUGCGAAAUCGCAUUAUUCAUAACAUUACCAAUGCAGUCACCGUGUUCUGCACGGGUAAUUGGAAACUAUUCACUGACUAUAAAACGCUUAAUAUUUCAGAAUUGAAAAUAACUAAAAUUUCAAUUGGAUGUUUUUUUCUCAACAGAAUUAGCAGGAGCACCAGCCCUUGAAUCCCUUUUAGAAUUUCUUGAAGAUACCCCAUUUAAAAAACAGUGAGCCUUUCAUGUACCUGAUUGCAUUGAAGCCAUCUUGAACGGUGGAAAGAAUACAAUCCAUUUUCAAUGCAUUCGAUUCACUGCGGCGACUAAAGGAGCUAUUAAAGUUGGAAACUCUUCACUGAUUAUUAAAUGCUAUUUUAGCAUUCUAAAAUACUCAAUUUUCAAUUGGGUGUUUUUUCUCAACAGUGUUGGCGGAAGAGCGAGGACAGUUCAAAUCAGAUAUCCCUACAAUUUCAACCCGUGCAAGUAAACGGUAGCCCUGACAUCUAUCUGAUCGCGUUGAAGAAAUCUUGGAAAGAGAAAUCCGAUUCAUUAUUCCUUGCUUCAAGUAGCGAUGGGACGUUGUCACUGAGACCAUAUCACGACCUCGAUGAGCCUCACCCGGAUGAGCUCUUUCUUAAAACAAAUGUCUUGGAAGAACAUUAA